CUCCCCAUCUUUUGCAUGGGGCCCUCAAGCAAGGUCUUCACACACUGCCUCACAAACCCUGGGAGGGCGCCUGCCCCGCCCCGCCCCGCCCCCCGCAGCCUCGGGCCCGCCUCCUGCACCCUAGUCUCCGCCCCCUCCCUCGGGCCCGCCCCGGCCGUAGGCGACGCCUGCGCAGUGCGGCCUAAGGGGCGGUCGUUGUCCUCACGCCGCCGACCGGCCGGCAAGCGCCAUGGAGGAGGAGGUGAGGCAGGAGGAGGAGACCGGCCUGGGGCGGGCCCAGACCCCCCGGGCGCUCCGAGACCCCCCUCAGGCCGCCUGGGUUCCGCCGCGUCACCGCGGCCGGUAGAUGCCCAGGCCCGGCCAGAGUCCCUGCUUGCCCCCCCGCGCCCCCAGCCCGGCCUUGCCAGGUCCCCCCUGGGCCCAGCGCGGUGUCAGGGUCAGCAGUUCUCUCGGAUCUCGGGACAGGUGAGCCCCCUGAUGAAGGCCACGGUCCUGAUGCGGCAGCCCGGGCGGGUGCAGGAGAUCGUGGGCGCCCUCCGCAAGGGCGGAGGAGACCGCUUACAGGUCAUUUCUGAUUUUGACAUGACCUUGAGCAGGUUUGCAUAUAAUGGAAAGCGAUGCCCUUCUUCUUACAAUAUUCUGGAUAACAGCAAGAUCAUCAGUGAGGAGUGCCGGAAAGAGCUCAAAGCGCUUCUCCACCACUAUUAUCCAAUUGAGAUUGACCCAGACCGGACCAUCAAAGAGAAGUUACCCCACAUGGUGGAGUGGUGGACCAAAGCACAUGAUCUCCUGUGCCAGCAGAAGAUUCAGAAGUUUCAGAUAGCCCAGGUGGUGAGAGAAUCCAGCGCCAUGCUUAGGGAUGGCUACAAGACGUUCUUCCACACCCUCUCCCAGAACCACGUUCCCCUUCUCAUCUUUUCCGCGGGCAUUGGCGAUGUCCUGGAAGAGAUUAUUCGGCAGAGGAGAGUGUUCCACCCCAACAUUCACGUUGUGUCUAACUACAUGGAGUUUGACGAAGAGGGUUUCCUAAAGGGAUUCAAGGGCCAGCUCAUACACACCUACAACAAGAACAGCUCCGUGUGUGAGAAUUCCACCUUCUUCCAGCAGCUUCAGGGCAAAACCAACAUCCUCCUGCUGGGAGACUCCCUGGGGGACCUUACUAUGGCCGAUGGGGUUCCUGGUGUGGAGAACAUUCUCAAGAUCGGCUUCCUAAAUGACAAGGUGGAAGAGUGGCGAGAGCGCUACAUGGACUCCUAUGACAUCGUGCUGGAGAAGGACGAGACACUGGACGUGGUCAACGGGCUGCUGCAGCACAUCCUGCAGCAGGAGGACUGGACAGAGAUGCAGGGCCCCUGAGGGCAGGCGCGAGGCCUGUGAUGGAGAGGGAACCUCCGCCGAAGCUGCCCUGCUCUGAGCGCUGCUCCUCCCUGUGCGUGUAGAGCAGAGACAAGUCCUGGGUGGCGGGAGCAGCUGGCCCUCGCCCGUCCCUCCUUUUCCCGGCCCCUUCGUUUGUGUUCUCCAGAGGCUUGAGGGAGCCUUGCCAGGCGGGAGGGCAGCAACAACCAUUCCAGAUGAACUGUGGACAUACGUGGUUUUAGCCCUUUAGGAGUCAUUUGGUCCAGGGAUCCUUUUGUCCAGAAGUUUUCAACACGGGAAGCUAUUCUUCAAACAAAUCUGAUAUGUGAAAUAAACCAAAAUAAAAAAAAGGACAAAA